AUGUAUACCAAUGCUCGAACAGCACGUGACUCACUUCGUCUUGUCGGAAACAUCCUCGUUUUCCUCGAAGAGAUCCGACAAGGCGACCCGAGUCCACCAUCCACGUUCCUACUCUCACUCUCGGAGCUCCAUUUCGUGUUCCAGAAGCUCCGCUUCUUGUUGGAAGACUGUACACGACCCGACGCCCGGGUAUGGAUGCUGGUACGAUCCGAAAAGGUAUCGAAUCACUUUCGGGCCAUUUUUCGAUCCAUUAGUGUUGCUUUAGAUGUACUACCACUAGAUUCACUCAAAAUUUCAGUUGAAUUGAAAGAAUUCAUUGGUUUAGUAAAGAAUCAAGCUUCCAAUUCAAACGUUGUGGUCCGACCCGAAGAUCAGCUAACCUUGGAUCAUCUUAGAUCCGUUUUGGAUCAACUGGAGCUCCAAAUGGCUCCGGAUCCGAAUAAACUGAAACGGGUUCUAGAUUAUUUGGGCAUUUCUAGCUGGAGCGAGUGCAACAAAGAGAUUAAGUUCUUGGAGUCCGAAAUCGGGUCGGAAAGAUCCGGUAACAAGAAAUCGGAUCUUGGUACCCUUUGUAGUUUGAUGGGGUUGAUGAUUUACAGCCGGUGUACAGUUUUUACCGUUGUUGACUGUGACAAAACACCCAUUUCUGGUGAUAGUUAUAUUUGCAGUCACAAACAGUUUGUUAAGUCACUUAAUGUUGAUGAUUUUAGAUGUCCCAUUUCUUUGGAGAUCAUGUCGGAUCCGGUGACUCUAACAACCGGGCACACGUAUGAUCGAUCCUCGAUCGAGAAAUGGUUCGGGUCGGGUAAUUUAACGUGUCCGAAAACGGGUGAGAAGGUGAACAGUAGUCAUUUAGUUUCAAACUUGUGUAUAAGAGGCAUUAUUAAGCAAUAUUGUCUCGAGAAGGGGAUUUCGAUGGCGGGACCGGAUGGUGGGAGCCGUACUCGGGAGGUUACUCGUGCAACCACCGGCGGCAGUGUGGCUGCGGAGGCUGGGAUAAAGAUGGCGGUCGAUUUUCUAGUCGACCGCUUAGUGUUUGGCACAAAAGAAGCCAAAUACAAAGCUUGUUACGAGGUUCGAUUGCUUAGCAAAUCGAGCACUUUUAAUCGGGCUUGUUUGGUUGAGGCGGGUGUGGUCCCGAGUUUAUUAGACCUGAUCUGCUUUAGGAAUCCAAAGAUCCAAGAAAACGCGAUGGCGUCUCUGUUGAAUCUAGCGAAGUACUCGAAGACGAAAAAGGUACUUGUGGAAAACGGAGGCUUGGAACUAAUUCUUGAAGUGGCACAAAACGGGUUUAAAAUGGAGGCCCGCCAACACGCGGCGGGGACUUUGUUUUAUCUCGCUUCGGUGGAUGAGUAUCGGGACAUCAUAGGGAAAAUCCCUAGAUCGAUUCCCGUUCUAAUGGAGUUGGUACUAGAUGGUACCGAUCGAUGCAAGAAGAAUGCGUUGGUGGCGAUUUUGGGGUUGCUUAUGUACCCUGAAAACCACUGGAAAGCGCUUGCAGCCGGGAUUGUCCCAUUGCUAAUUGAUUUGUUGAGAUGUUCGCAUCAAUGCGAAGAUCUUGUAACGGAUUCUUUAGCGAUUUUAGCCACUUUGGCUAACAAUCCCGACGGAACAAUGGGGAUUUUAAGUUGUGGAGCUCUUCACGUCAUCCUUGAUGUCGUUGGUUCAACGACGACAUCAAAGGAGUCGAGAGAAUAUUGUGUGGCAUUGCUGCUUGCAAUGUGCACAAAUGGUGGGGCCGACGUGGUUCGCGUUUUAGUAUCGAACUCGUCUCUAAUGGGUCCUUUAUAUUCCCUACUCACCGAAGGCGGUUCUCGUGCCAGUAAGAAAGCGAGUUCGUUGAUCAGAAUUUUACAUGAAUUCAACGAGAAAAACGCUUCUUCUGCCACUAGACGCCCUGUUCAGUUUCAAGAACAGUUUGUAGAUGUUUGGUAA